CGACAUCGUUUCCGUUUCGACCACCUGUCAGUGAAGGAGAGGGAGGAGUCACAAUGGCGUACGGUCGGCAGGUCGUGAUCUUGAUGGUUAUUGCUACGCUGGCGCUGGCUUUCAAUGCCAAGCCGGCUGAGGGCUGUGUCGGGUAUGUGGGCGGCGACUGCUUCCCGUUCUUCGGGCCCAACGCAUGCUGCAACUGCGACGCCGGCGGAUACGCACUCUAUUGCGAGCCAUACACCUUCGGCCAGGGAGCGUUCAAAUGCCAACACGUGGCCUUCGACAGCCGGUGUGUCACCGAAGCUGACGUGGCUCUCAUCCGCACCCAGUCGGGGAGUGAGCGCAGGCUCAUGUUCUAGGCAAUGCCAGUCCUCAUGCUACGAGCUAUUAUUGUCACUGCCGAUGCCGAUGGCUUUGCCAGUCCUCAUGUUCAGCAUUCAAAGCAGACUUU